GACAGAUCACACGUCAUCUCGUAUGAGCUGUCAUCUGUCAUUAUCUGAUUUUCUAAGGAUUUCGGGAUUUUUAUGAUUAUUGAGUGCAUUAUUGUUUAUUCUUAGUUUACAGCAAAAUGGUGCUAAUAGCGGCUACUGUUUGUACAAAAUCGGGAAAAGCUUUGAUAUCCCGUCAAUUUGUGGAGAUGACGAAAGCACGUAUAGAAGGAUUAUUAGCGGCAUUCCCAAAGCUGAUGACUGGAGGGCGUCAACACACAUUUGUUGAAACAGAAUCAGUUAGAUAUGUGUACCAGCCUCUUGAUAAAUUGUAUAUGCUCCUCAUCACUACAAAAGCAAGUAACAUACUUGAAGAUUUGGAGACACUUCGUUUGUUCAGCAGAGUGGUGCCAGAAUACUGCACACAGCUGACGGAAGCGGAGGUGUUGAACCAGGCAUUCAAUCUUCUCUUUGCCUUUGACGAGAUUGUUGCCUUAGGAUACAGGGAGAGUGUCAAUUUGGCACAGGUUCGGUCAUUUGUCGAGAUGGAUUCGCAUGAAGAGAAGAUUUAUCAAGCUGUAAGACAGACCCAAGAGAGAGAAGCAGCUAACCGAAUGAGAGAGCGUGCAAAAGAGUUGCAGCGAGAGAGACUCGAAGCUGCAAAGCGUGGAACGCCUCCACGAUCACAAAUGUCAUUUGGUAGCGGUUUCGGAAGCUCCUCCGUAUCUUCGGCGGCGGUGAAAGAACCAAUGGUGGAGAUUCCCUCCACUCCGGCCCGAGACACUCGCGGUACAAGUCGUUCGGCCAUGAAGCUGGGGUCGCGCGGCACGGACGCGGAGUCGUUCGUGUCCCGCCUGCGGUCCGAGGGGGACGCGGCCGCGCCCGCCCCGGGACCUAUCGUUUCCAAAACGGACCCAGCUGCGCCCGUCGUCAAUGUCAACCAGAAAGAUGUGCACUUGCGAUUCGAAGAGCGACUAAACUUAGUGGCUGGUCGAGACGGCGAUAUACAAAACUUUGAGCUCUCCGGGCUUUUAACUCUGCGCAUCAGCAACGAACAAUUUGGCAAGAUUCGCGUGCACGUGGAUAAUAAAGAUUCCAGAUCACUACAACUUCAGACUCAUCCCAACGUGGAUAAAGAAUCGUUCCGUUCCAGCGGCGUUAUAGGACUUAAGCAGAGCCAACGACCUUUCCCGCUCCACUCCGACGUGGGAGUACUCAAGUGGCGCCUAACUGGCGCUGGAGACGACAAACUGGCGCCGCUAUCAGUGAACUGCUGGCCGUCAGAGGGCGCUAGCGGCGGCUGUGACGUCAACAUCGAGUACGAACUCGAGCAAGAUCAUCUGUCUCUCUCUGACGUCAACAUCACCAUACCGCUGCCGUCUGGCAACGUAUCGGUGGUAGUCCACCAAUGGGAGGGCAGUUACACGCAGAAGGGGCGUUCCCUCAUAUGGUCCAUACCCAUAGUGAAUGCGCAACAGAAGACAGGCAGCCUGGAGUUCACUGUGACUCCGGCCAUCCCCAACGACUUCUUCCCGUUAACUGUCACUUGGACAUCUGACACUUCACUGGCGAUGUUGACAGCCACAAAGGUGACGCAGGCUGAGGAUGGCAGCCCCGUAGAUUUCUCCAAAGACAUCAGUUUUCAUCCAGACAAAUACGAGAUUGUCUAAUUUAUUGAUAAUAAUAUGAUGAUGAGUAUUAUAAGAAUUUAGUUGGAAACACUUUGCCGGUUUUUUUUGUUAUAUAAUUAUAAAUAAAUACCGAAACCGAGUCACAUUUCCUUAAAGUCUUAAAACAAUAGGGU